CUUUACAACAAAAUAUUUUGGCUGCAUGUGAUUAUUUUUGUGUGAUUUACUGAGCAGCUGAGUUAUUGCUUACUGUUGCAGGCUGCAAAUGUGUCAUGCUUAUGUAAUUGUCAUUGAUAUUUGCUACAAAUAAUGCUCACUGAAUUGUUAAAAGAGCAUCAAGCAAAGCAGCAAGUGCAAAAGCAGAUACAAGACACAAGACGCAAAGAGGCCCUAGCUGCAUCAAAUGAACUCACUACUGCACUGGUUGACCACCUCAAUGUUGGUGUGGCUCAAGCCUAUCUAAACCAAAAGAGGUUGGAUGCUGAGGCGAAGCAGCUGUAUCAGAAUGCUGCAGCUUUCUCACGUCAGAGCCAGCAGUGGCUUCAGCUGAUGGAGGGCUUUAACACAGCGCUCAAGGAGCUGGGAGACGUCGAGAACUGGGCGCGAACCAUCGAGGCAGACAUGCGCAUCGUCUCAGACGCCCUGGAACUCAGCUACAAAGCUCACCGCGAGUCGUCGUAGCGCAGCUCCGGCCGGCUCGAUUGUCGCGGGCUGCUACGGGUUCGCGAGUGACAGGUCAGACACUCGGUCACCAAGAUGCCAUGCCCGUGGUUUGCGGUUACUUGCUCUUGGGGGUCACAUAAUGGAAAAAUACGAGGCAGAAUCGCGAGGGUCAUUCAAAGAGCUUCGUUAUGACUGAAAGGUAGUUCACAUCAGAUGCCUAGAUUUACGUUAUUUACAGUACUUUAUCCUGGAGGUGCCAAUUAUUGUCUUGUUUAUGCUUUGUUUACGUGAUCAGUGUCAGUGUGUGUGGCGCAUUUACAUGUUCAAGCAAAUAUAUCACUAAAUAAUA